AAAGCUAAAGCCCUAAUUUGGAUAUUGCAAAACCCUAAUCGCCUUUUCUCAGGCUGAGCGGCGCAGCGGGAGCUUUCUUUUGAGUCGACGGAGUGUUGUCAGCGUCGUCUUGCUCGAGAUGGUGGGAUUGUCUAUAGGAGAGAAGUAUUUUAUACAGGGUGGCAUUGCUCAGGACCUUCGCACUGAUGGUCGUAAAAGAUUGACACCGAGGCCCAUGUUUGUUGAAACUGGAGUUAUUUCCCAGUCAAAUGGUUCCUCAAGGGUUAGGAUUGGUGCUACAGAAGUUAUUGCCAGUGUGAAGGCUGAACUUGGAAGGCCAAGCGGAUUGCAUCCUGACAAAGGAAAAGUCUAUAUAAAUGUUGAUUGCAGUCCAACUGUGGCACCAAUGUUUGAGGGUAGAGGGGGUGAGGAGCUGUCCGCAGAACUCUCAGUUGCUCUUCAUCGUUGUCUAUUGGGUGGUAAAAGUGGAUCAGGUGCUGGAAUUGAUCUCUCUUCUCUGGCAAUUGUCGAAGGCAAGAUCUGUUGGGAUCUAUACAUUGAAGGCCUUGUUAUUAGUUCCGAUGGAAAUCUACUAGAUGCCCUAGGUGCUGCUAUUAAGGCUGCUUUGAGCAAUACAGGCAUCCCAAAAGUAAAUGUUGCAGCUGGUGCGGAAGGAGAUGUGCAACCAGAGGUUGACGUAAGUGAUGAGGAAUUUAUGCAGUUCGACACAUCCAAGGUCCCUGUUAUUGUUACAUUAACGAAGGUAGGUAGGCACUAUAUUGUAGAUGCCACAUCAGAAGAGGAAUCCCAAAUGAGCUCGGCUGUCUCUAUUUCAGUCAAUAGCCAAGGGAACAUUUGUGGGUUGACAAAAAGGGGUGGUGCAGGCCUAGAUCCAAGCGUCAUUCUUGACAUGAUAUCUGUGGCGCAAAGCGUCAGUGAGAGGCUGAUAAACACAUUGGAUUCACAUAUAGCUGCAGCUGAAGCUGGUGAAGAUGAGUUGUGAUGAUAAGUAGAACCUCUGAUACAUUAAAGUAGGUGUAGGUGGAUUCACACAGGUCCUAUUUAUAUGAAAGAUUGUAAUUUUGAUAGUUCAAAAAAGCUGUGCGAAUAAUUAAGAUUUGUUGUAUUGGUAAUCUGAACCGUUGUCCAAAAUCUAGAAUACAUGCUGUUAAAGACCAAGAGAUAUUGCUAUGAAAGCUUUUAUAAUCAGAUAUCCA